CAAACUGAUUCAUAACAUGAAUCAGUUUAUUGCAGGCGCCAACCACGAAGAUCUCCACUUUCGUUUAUCAUCAUCUGCUGCGAGAGCAUCUAAUUAAGCCAGUCAUGCCGCUACCUGCUGUCUACGGUGCCGUAUACGCGACGGCCACCAGCUCGGCGCCGGCCGGGAAAAUCGACAGCGGCAAGAAAGCAUUGCGCCACCUGGAGAACCUGCCGCUGCUGGUGGCUUCGGAUUCACUCGAGUCCAUGACUACGGAGGGGAAAUGGCUCCCGCGCUUCAUGCGUCGCGCAGUUGUGCGCAGUGUUGCCAACCGUAUCGCUGGUCUCAUCCUGGUGGGAACAUCGGCUUUCCUGGCCAGCUGCAUCGCUACACUGGCCAAGGACGACGCGAUUAAAUUGUCGGCAGUUGAAGCACUGUUCUGGCGCUCUCUGGUAUCUUGGCUGUUCACCGUUUUGGCCAUUGCGACCACUGGCACGAAGAUGCGCGUUAAGAAAGAGUUUAAUCGCCAGCUCUUGCUUCGAUGUAUCUUGGGUUGCAUUUCAACGACACUUUCAGUUCUAGUGCUGGAGAAAUUGGCGGUGUCGAAUGCCACUGCAAUCACGUACUUCAGUCCUUUGCUCGUGUUCGCAAUGGCCGCCUUCUUCCUCAAAGAGAAACCGGGGCUUUUCACAGUAGUAUGCUCUGUGCUAUGCGUUACCGGUGCCGUGUUGGUCGUGCGACCUGCCUUCCUCUUCGGCAAGAACGGGUCCACCGACGCCAAGUGGUAUCACCGCUCCAUGACCAGCUUCGUGACUUCGUAUCUGUUUGGCGAGUCACUGGCCGUUGGAUGUGCUGUCGUGGUGGCUUUCAUGCAGGCAGGUGCUUAUGUGUCGCUGCGCAGCUUACACAAAGUGCAAUAUCUCGUCGUGAUGCAUUACUUCCUGUUCACGAUGACACUCGUAUCGCUGGCGGCAAUGCUUGGCGUUCAGCAUGGCAAAUUCAAGGCGGGAACGUCGCUGGAAACGUGGGGCGCCAUCGCUGGAACAGGUGUGUUGGCCUUCGCGGAGCAGCUCUUCCUCACGCGUGGAUUCCAGUUUGAUGGCGCCGGCGUGCUGGCUGCCACAAGGCUCCUGCACGUUGGCUGCGAGUUUGCGUGGGGCGUCAUCCUGCUGGGCACUGCGUUGAACCCAUGGAGCGCUGGUGGUGCCGGCGCCACUGCAGCGGGGGUUCUGUUCCUCGCGCUGCGCCGAGUGCACACCCACUGGGCAGCGAGACGUAGCUUGAGGAGAAUGCUGCAGUAAAAGUUGCAGGCAACUUCAACACGCUCACACGUAAAUACACAUCACUGUCUCUCAAAAAUGCGAAUAAAUGUGAAUAUUACGUAGUAGUUCUGUA